AUUCGAGGAACCUUACAUUAAUUGCAUCAUUAAUUGGUAUUAUUUUGCGAAAGCAUGCGUACAACAGGCCCUCUUUUCACAUUUGCUAGUCAGAUCCAAGAUCAAGGUCUUUGUAAUACUCUUAAUAGUUUUUUGACUGUUAAAAAAAUGUUUUCCUACUGGAGCAAAAAGAGUAUUCCAAGCAAAGUUGAAGAAAAAAGAAAUGAAACAUAUGUGUCUAUAAACGAAAGUAUUUCACAAACAGAAGUAAAAAUGGAAAAGGAAAAGAUGGUACUAUCGACUACAGAUAGGCACGUCCUUGAAUUUCAUGAUUUUCUAAGGCGUGUUCAGACGUUACAGAUGUCCCAUAUUGAGGCUAACAAAAACCAAGAUUUAAUAGUUAAUCGACCCAAUAUGUGCAGCUCGACAGCAGUUGAGGUCGGCGAGGAACCUGCUACCUCAUCGGAAGCUGAUAAUAUUGAUAUGGAAUAUCCUCACCUCACAAGUGAAUGUGAUUAUAUGCCAGUGGCUACUACCAAUAUUCGGGUAACAGUUGGUAUUGACAAAGAUUUAGAGAUGAUUCUUGAAAUGGAUCCGAGUAUUGUUGAUUUAGGUGAUAUUAGCAUUGCCGAAACUGCAGAGCCGCGUAUAGUGGGUUUACCUCCACUUUCGGGUGGACCGACAUUCAAAACUGCCACUCCUACUUCACGGACGCAACUGAAACUUCAGUUACAACGGGAACAACAUCAGCAACAACAAAUGAUGAUACAGCAACAGACACUAGAUUCGCCGGACCCAAAAGUUCACCUGUUAUUUGGCGGUGGUCAGGGAUCCAUGGAGUCUGAAUUUAUCGACAGCGGUAGUACCAGUGCUUGUGGAAGUGGAUCAUCUAGCUUAGAACAAAUGUCGCAACUAGUGCAAAUGGAUAAUUUAAUUGAUUCGUCAACUGCAGCUAAACUUAAAGUUCCUCUUCAAAGUAUUGGCGUAGAUGUGCCACCCCAAGUGCUGCAGGUCAGUACAGUUCUUGAAAACCCGACCAGGUAUCACGUUAUUCAAAAGCAAAAAAAUCAAGUGAGACAAUAUCUCAGCGAAUCCCUAAAGCCAUCUAUAUGGGGCUGUCAUAACAGCGAAAUGAAACUGGCAAAUAACUCUGCGUCGACCGGUAACCUUCAGAGUUCAUCCUUAGAGAAAGGUGUCAGCCUUCCGUUGGAGCGUACAAAUAGUUUUGGGUGUGACACGGCUGUUACUGCCAAAAGACCAAAUCAUUCCGACGACUCGAUGCCGAUUUCCUUCUUUGGUGGCAAUUUUCCAAGAAGUGAUAACUUAAAUUCCAACGAUCCAAGUUUACUGGGACGUAUUAACCAUGUUUCUGCAGAAUCAGCAAGUGCUCAAAAAAACAUCCAUUUGGGAUUUGUUAAAGCUAAUUCAAAUCUUAGUUCUUCUACUACGCGUACAUCUUCGGGAAUGAUUAACUCAAUAAGGCUUUCUAGUACAGCAAGCUCUUCGCAGUCUACUUCAGCACCGAUUUCGCCAAGUUUGAGUUCGGUUGCAACAAGUGCUUCGGAGCUACCAUCAUUCGACAGCGAUCCAGAUGAUCUUUUUGAUGAUAUAUUGCAAAAUGAUUCGUUUAACUUCGAUACAAACUUUAACUCGGAGCUUUCAAUUAAGCAGGAGCCUCAAAAUUUGACUGACGCUGAAAUAAAUGCCCUAGCUAAAGACAGGCAAAAGAAGGAUAACCAUAAUAUGAUUGAGCGCAGGCGACGGUUUAAUAUUAAUGACAGAAUCAAAGAGCUUGGCACUCUUUUGCCAAAGGGUAGUGAUGCCUUUUACGAAGUUGUUCGAGAUAUUCGUCCAAACAAAGGGACAAUUUUAAAGUCUUCUGUUGACUACAUAAAAUGCUUGAAACAUGAGGUGUCUCGCUUAAGACAAAAUGAGUGUCGUCAACGUCAAAUGGAGUUGCAAAAUCGAAAACUCAUGUCCCGAAUAAGGGAGUUGGAAAUGCAAGCGAAGUCUCACGGAAUAUCUUUAUCAGACUACCAUUUAACAUCAGUGUCGGCGCCGACUCAAGCUGACGCUUAUCUUAAAAGUUCAAGUCUGUCGCCAUCUGUUUCUCGAAGUCGUCGAUCACUUUUUGACCUACCCGUUGAGAAAAAAAUACAAGUUAUAAACAGAAGUGAUGUUAAUAUGGGAAUGAAUCAGAUCGAUGAACUCAUGGAGGAUUGCAAGCACCCAGUACAAGGCGGGGACCCGAUGUUGUCUUCCCAUAGUCACAUGCAUUCUGCACCACAAUCACCUACCGCAAAUCAAUUGAAUUGUGCAAGCUAUGAACCAAAGAAAGUCUCGGAAGUUGAUGCAGGCAUAUUUAGGGGAAAGUCUAACUUAGUAGCAGAUGAAUGUUGCAGCAUCAAUUGUAGUACUUCUUGUUAUAGUCAGCAUCAGCUGCCCACACUCGAAAGUCAUCCAAAUCAUUGUCACCAACCCAGUAUACGAGAUAUCCACAGUUUAUCGGAUUCAGUUCAAAGCUCUGAGUUUAGUAGGCUUGAACAUUGCGAUGGCAACCAUGAUCCACUACUGUCAUCUUCUAGGUCACUUGGCGCAGUAGACGAAGAUCAUCAUAGUUCUGUUGAUAUACCUGCUGUCAUGAUAAACGACUCACUUUCCUCAUUGGUAGAUGACACCCACAGUGAACCCAUGAUUCUUACUUCUGACACGUUAGAUAUUGACUUAUAGGCAAACAAAAUAUUUAGGAACACUCUUAGUUUAUAUUUAAAAUUCGUUGAGGUAGAAGGCUUUAACUUAAAUUCUGAUAGUUCAAUCCAAUCAAGUGUCUUAAAAUUUAAAAAAUGGAGGCCCUGAAAGGUCGUUAGCAUGCAAUUUUAGAACGAAAGCCUCAACAACCUAUUCAAAACGGUAUUUUACACAAUUUAUAAAAUUUGAUAGGUAAAUAUGUUUUUAAAAAAUGUAUAAUUGUUACUUUACCUUAAUUGUUAUUUAUAGUCGGUCUAACCGACAAAAACUAUUAUAUAUUUGUUACUUUAGUUGUAAUAAUAGGAAACUUGUGGACUGUGAGGAAAAAAAAUAAAUAUAAAAAUACUUAGUGUUGGCAUACAUUUUUUUCUAAAACAUUUUGAAAAGUAAAAGGUAUCUUACCUUAUUGCCAAGAAGUGGCAAUUUUAUACUCUUGCAGAGGGUACUAUAAUUUCAGUCAGAAGUUUGCAAAGCAGUGAAGGUGACAUUUCCGACCAUAUGAUGUAUAUAUAUUCUUGAUGAGCAUCGAGAGUCAAUCUAUUGGUGUCCGUUUGCCCGUCUUAGUUGUAAAGCUAUCUGCGUAAAACUUUCCCAAAAAAUGUUUUACUGUUGCAAGUAAUAUAGAACGAGCGGGAUCUGACGAAGUAUGAUAUAUGAUGUAGCUCCCAUAGGAACAAUUGAAAAAAAACAACAUUAUUACUUAUGGUAAGAUAUUUCAAAAAUUAUAGUUUUAUUUUUAUUAUAAUAAGACGAAUAUAUCAUAUUGCUCUCAUUGAAACUAUCAUACAAAUAAAAACAAAUAAAUGAAACAAAUUGGAACUUCGGUGUUGUUCAAUUGCCAUGCAUUUCCUUUGAUAUAUAUUAAAUGGUUUAUUUUUGAAUUACGGUUUUAAUGUAAUUAACGAUAUCAUGUAGCUGUAAUUGGAACGAUCGAAAAAUGCAUCGGUAAAUCAACAUAACUUCACUGCUUUAUAGGCAUACAAUUCGGAAUAAAGUUGGCAUGCAGAAUUUUUAAAAUUUUGCUUGCCGAAGCUUGCUUCCUUUCUUGUUUUUAUAAUAUUUGCUAAUUGCCAAUUGGGCGGGAGUUAGUAAGUAGAUUUUGUCCCGCUUUUAAUACCCGUUACUGGAAUAAAAAGGGUAUAUUGUAUUAGUUUACAAGUAUAUAACAGGUAGAAGAUAGCGACCAUAUAAGGUAUAUAUAUUCUUUAUAUUCAAUAGCCGAGUCGAUCUAGCCAUGUCCGUCUGUCUGUCCAUCUGUAUUUUACAAAAAAUAAGUUUAUUUUUAAUUUGCGUUAUCAUUUAUCUCAGCUGUUGCUCCAAAAUUCAGCUCUUCGAAUCUUAAGCACUAUAACAACCUAUAAAAACUGAAAAUGACAGUUAUAGGGUAUUUCCACAGAGAUCUAACCACCUUCCAUAAUGGUCCAUAAUGUUUUACCGUUCAAAAAACUUAACAGUUAGUCUGCCGUUAAAAUUUGACGGACUUUGACGGACUAAAUUAUGCGAUGUUCCUGCGGUGCAGCCCUCUUUCUAUCCCUGAAAAAACCGUUGGGAUAUUUGAAAAAAGCUAAACUCCUGUUUCCACAGAGCACAUCCACCUUCCACCUUCCGAUUUCAGCUGAUCUUAACAGCUGUAGCUCAUCGAAACAUAAACAAAGAUGGUUGACCUGUUGACUUUGCUCAUCGUCACUACGUGGACGGCCGCCCACAGUGAUAAUUGUCGAUUUUGUGGGCCAGUGCAAAUCGCCAAAACGAGAGUGAGCCAACCCCAGAACGCCCAGCCGCUUUAAAGAGUUGUAGCGAAACAGUUGAAGCGAACCAUUCACACAGAAACCCGCUGAUGCCAAAACAGCUCAUCGGCCUACCACAUGUAAACACACCUUAAAGGAAGAAGAAGAGAACACAAAAUUCAAUGUUCCCGCCAUUAAACUGGAUAUUAACGCUAAACUAAAUACAAUUUUAACAUUCGCAA